ACAGGAACUACCUUCCUGUUCCGCCGGUCACUGUCUGUUUCUCUCCGGACACAUAACAGAGUGACACGCAGUGUUUGAAAGAGGGAAAAAGAGAAGAUGGCAGGUGCUAAAUCAGCAUUGGUGUUGUGCAUGGAUGUUGGCUUCUCCAUGUCCAACUCUGCCCCAGGUGAAGAGCCUCCCUUUGAACAGGCCAAAAAAGUCAUCCAGAAGUUUGUCCAGCGCCAGGUUUUUGCAGAGACUAAGGAUGAACUGGCUUUAGUUCUGUUCGGCACAGACUCCACCAAAAACUCCCUGGACCAGGAUGGCCAGUACCAGCACAUCACGGUGCACCGUCACCUUAUGGUGCCUGAUUUUGAGCUUCUGGAGGAAAUACAGAAUCAGAUCCAUCCAGAGAAUCAGCAGGCUGACUGGCUGGAUGCUCUUGUUGUGUGCAUGGAUCUCCUUAAGAAAGAAACAGUGGGGAAGAAGUGUGAACGCCUCAACAUUGUCCUUCUGACUGACCUCAGCACUCCGGCCAGCCCCGAGCAGCUGGAUGUCAUUAUUGAAAACCUGCAAAAAGCUGACAUCACACUGCAGUUUUUUUUGCCUUUUCCUGCUGGGGAGGAGGAUGAAGAGGGAGGAGAAGAUGGGGACAGAAGGAGCCCCGGUCAUCCAGGAACAGGCAAAGGUCUGUCUAGGGAGCAGAAGAGUGGCCUGGACAUGGUGAAGCACGUCAUGCUGAGCCUGGAUGAGGAGGACGGCCUGGAUCAGAUCUACUCCUUCAGGAAUGCAAUCGAGCAGCUGUGCAUGUUCAAGCGUAUCGAGAAGAGACCCAUGGCCUGGCCCUGCCAGCUGACCAUCGGCAGCUGUCUCCCCAUCCGAAUCGUUGGAUACAAAGCAGUGACAGAAGAGAAACUGAAGAAAACAUGGAUGACAGUUGACGCUCAAACCAACCGGAAAGACGACGUGAAGAGAGAGACGGUCUACUGUCUGGAUGAUGACAAUGAGACGGAGGUGCAGAGGGAUGAUACCAUCCAAGGUUUUCGUUAUGGAAGUGAUAUCGUUCCCUUCUCCAAAGUGGAUCAAGACCAGAUGAAAUAUAAGCACGAUGGGAAGUGCUUUGCUGUCCUGGGCUUCGCCAAACAGCACAUGGUGCGUCGACACCAGUUCAUGGGGAGUCAAGUCGUCAAGAUAUUUUCUGCCAAGGAUGAUGAGCAUGCAGCAGUUGCUCUCUCCGCUCUCAUCCGAGCGCUGGAUGAACUCAACAUGGUGGCCAUCGUUCGUUACGCCUACGACCGGCGCAGCAACCCUCAAGUAGGAGCAGCCUUCCCUUGCAUCAAGCAGGACUAUGAGUGUCUGAUGUACGUCCAGCUGCCCUUCAUGGAAGACCUCAGACACUUUACAUUUCCUUCGCUUGAAAACAACAAAAAGGUCACUCCAUCAGAGACCCAGCUGUCUGCUAUGGACUCUCUCAUUGACUCCAUGAUGUUGGUGGAAGAAGAGGAUGGAGAACAAAAGGACAUGUUCAAGGUCCACAACAUUCCCAACCCUGCCUUCCAGAGGCACUUCCAGUGUCUGCACCAUCGGGCAGUAAGCCCCGGCACCCCCCUUCCUCCUAUCGAGCCGUGGCUCAAGGCUGCUCUCGAGCGCCCUGUUAUCAUUAGUGAACGUUGCCAGGCUCCGAUGGAGGACAUCAAGAGGAAGUUUCCUCUCACAGAAGUGGAGAAGAAGAAGAAGCCGAAGACCAGUGCUCAGGUUUUUGGCAAAGACUCAGAGGAGCCAGAUGCCAAGAAGGCAAAAGGAGACGAAGAAGAGGAGGACGAUUAUAACCUGGCUGACAUUGCCGAAGGCUCUGUUACUUCGGUGGGAAGCGUGGAUCCAGCCAGAGACUUCCGGACUCUGGUGAAGCAGAAGAGUCUUCCAUUCGGAGAGGUCUGUCAGCAACUGACUCGCAGGAUAGAGCAGUUGCUUAGCAACAAGAACACACACUACUACAUGAAAAGCAUCACCUGUAUCCAGGCUUUUAGAGAGCAGUCCAUGAAGCUGGGGGAUGCCAAUCUGUACAAUGGCUACCUCCAGUCCCUGAAAAGAAGCAUCCCAAACAGAGGGCUGGAGGUCUUCUGGGACCUGCUUGUUCAAGAUGCCAUAACUCUAAUCAGCAAGGACGAGGUUGAAGGAAGCACUGUAUCCAAAAACGAGGCUAAUCAGUUUCUGGUUGCUGAGGAGAAGAAAGAGGAGGCUGCAGCACCACCAGCCGAAGAUAUCGGAGAUGUUGAUGACUUGCUGGACAUGAUGUAAGAAGGGAGGCAAAGGGAUUUUGUGCAGAGGACAUGCAGGGAAAUGAGAAGAAUGCAUCAUUCAGCUCGUCCAGACCAAACCAAUUCAGCCGUCCAUUGUUCUGAUUCACAGUUGUGGACCCCAGAUACUCAUUACUGGUGAUACUGAGCACAACUGCAUAGAGGCUCGCACACAGCAGCGCUUUUCUUAGCUAAUGUUUUAACUAGUACUGUAUAAAAACUUUUCUUUAGAAUUCCCAAACACUUUUGCAAAUUAUGUAUGUUGAGAUGUAGAUCUGUUUUGUCUAAAUGUCAAAAUUAUUGUCAUUUUAAAAAAAUCUUCUAAUUCCAUGCUGGUAAUGUUGGAUACAGUAAGUGCUUCAAAUCACAAGCUUUAUGUGCACUACAAACCCCUUUGUGAUGAUAAUAGGGGUGUCACAAUUCUCCAAAUCCACAAUUUGAUUAAAGGUCACAGUUCAAUUCAAUAUUCAAUUUUAAAACUCUUUCAGCACUUUAUUGUAAUUGAGGUUUGAUUUGUAAAGAUCAAGAGAUCAUUCGUUUUAUCCACUGAAAACAAGAUACUAACUUCAUUGUAAUAAAACUGCCAUAUUUUCCGCCAUAUGGUCAAAUUUAAAUAACUGCCGAUCUUGCUUUUAUUUGGAGAAUUGAAAUUGAAGGCUAAUUUCAAUCAAUUUGGGAUUUAGAAUGUAGUUUGUGACACUCCUAGACUUUACAGAAGACAGCACUGCUUUGUUCAAUAAACUGCAGGUUUAUUAUCUUAAGCUUUAAUGGUUGAUGACGAUUGCUGGACUUAUACUAUGUUUUUGCAUAUUAAAAAUAUUGAUGAAUACA